AUGCCCGUCACUCGAACAAGGAAUGGAUUUUACGAUCUAAACCUUGAUCAGACCAACACCACACGGUUUUUGUUCGGUGACGACGAGCCCAACCACCUACCUAGGGGACACACUCCUGACGACAGCUUUCCCACGCUUGUUCGUCGUGACGAUCAAAUUCACAGCAUGUCAGCCAUUAAUGGGCUCUCCACCAGCCAGACUGGCGAUGCUGGCAACAUUGGAAGCCGCCCUUCGUCCAUCCGUCAUUCUCUUGAUCUUAAGUAUAUCUCGGAAAGCUCGAAUGAGACCUCUGGUGGUUCCCAGGCGAUCCACGCGCCCCCCAAACUCCAGAGUUCUUAUUCUGCCAACGAUAUACCUACGGUCAAGAACCCUGCUGGUUCUUCUCUCCUGAACGGCAGUGCCAAUAACCACGCUCAGCAGCACUUCCAUAACCACAAUGCCAGCAUCGGUCGCAUUCCCGCUGGAGCAAUGCCAAUCCGUCAUGCUCGCGAGCUGUCCAACGACAAUGGUAUCAACGCCAACCGUGAGCAGGCUGGUGUGUUUCCAUCCAUCAACUCAGCCCUCCAAGCAAGUGCUGCUCCAUUCGGACCAACCAUGGCCACUGCGGCUCCUCAUACUGCAACGCCGCACGCCACUGCACCUGCAACUUCCUCUGGCGGUGGCUUCUACCAGCCAAAUGGUUACACCUCUCCGAGCACUACCUCUCCACCUUCGUAUGGGGCUCACUCGCUCUCCACUGGGAUGCAGCAGAUGAACCUCAACGGCACUGGCAAUGGCAAUGGCAAUGGCUACUCUCCUCAGAGCUACUCUCCCUACGGCAACGUGCCAUAUCCUCAGAAUGGUCAACCUCGUGAUAGUCAGGCUCGUGUCAUCCAACAUCGUCGACAACUUGACAAUGAAGCGAUGUCUCGGUAUCAGAACAUGCCGCUUGAGUCGUUCCGAGGCCAGAUUUACGAGCUGUGCAAGGACCAGCACGGCUGCCGCUAUCUCCAAAAGAAGCUGGAGGAACGCGAAGGCGAUCAAGUUCACAUGAUUUGGCUCGAGACCAAUCAGCAUGUCAUCGAGCUCAUGACGGAUCCGUUUGGUAAUUAUUUGUGCCAAAAGCUCCUCGAGUUUUGCAAUGACGACGAAAGAACUGUCUUGAUCCAGAACGCAUCCAAAGACAUGGUGCGCAUCGCUCUCAACCAGCAUGGAACAAGGGCCUUGCAGAAGAUGAUUGAGUAUGUUAGUACUCCUCAGCAGGUUCAUCUCAUCAUCGAAGCUCUCCGCUUCCGAGUUGUGGAACUCAUCCAAGAUCUCAACGGCAACCACGUCAUUCAGAAGUGCCUUAACAAGCUCACCGCUUCUGACGCGCAGUUCAUCUUUGAUGCCGUCGGCAACAACUGUGUCGAGGUUGGAACUCAUCGACAUGGCUGCUGUGUGCUGCAGCGCUGCAUCGAUCACGCAACUGGCCAGCAGAAGCUAUGGCUGAUUCAGCGCAUCACUGAGCAUGCACGUAUCCUGGUGCAAGAUCCGUUUGGAAACUAUGUUGUCCAGUACAUCAUCGACCUGAACGAGCCAACAUUCACCGAGCCCAUUGUUGCAACGUUCCAAGGCUGUAUCAGCCAGCUCUCCCGGCACAAAUUCAGCUCCAAUGUUAUUGAGAAGUGCUUGCGCUGCGCUCAACCUGCUUCCAAGGACAUGAUUGUCGAGGAGAUACUCAACGAGAUGGAACGAUUCCUCCGUGAUUCGUUUGCCAACUACGUUAUCCAGACGGCUCUUGACUUUUCUACUCCUCAUCAAAAAUAUCGCCUUGUCGAGGCCAUUCGUCCAGUCCUUCCACAGGUUCGCACAACUCCUUAUGGACGCCGUAUCCAAGCCAAAAUCGCCGCCUACGAUAACCGCGGAAGUGCUGCCUCAAGCGGACAAGUCACGCCUGCCGACAACACACAAGGGCAGAUCCCGCUACGACCAAGCCACAACCGAGGUCUCUCUGGCACUCCUGUGCUGCCUACGAACGGCAACAAUACCAAUGGAGCAACGCCUAGUGUUGGAAGCCAAGGCAUACGCCAGCAGGCACCUCCUCCUUUCACUAGCAGCGUCUCGAUGCCGACAACUUCUUCAACAGCUAGCUCGGGCGGCCCUGUCCAGCCUCCCCAGUUUAACCAAAUGAUGUCUGGCAGCUAUAGCCAGGGACAUUCCUCCAACACGUCGGUGGAUGCCGGCGAGGCACGCUGGGUGUAA